CAUGCCAUCCUUGAGCAUAUUCAUCAUGACAGCAACGCAGAAUCGUUCAUUCUCCGUUCAUAUGGUCAUAACAGGGGGACAAAGGGCUGAAUGUGUACGAUAUUUUUAGAGCGCAGUCACACGGAGGCGGAGCACGGAUGCUUCACGGCCAAGGAUGCGAGUGUCAAACAGCAGGUGGAGACUGACUGCUGAAGGAAAGAACCAGACGAGAACCGCCCACAGAAUCUCAAACACAUUUGAUGAGGAAGAGGGGAAACAUCAGUGACCUGAUCCGCCCUGAAUGAGUGGGCCCUGAUAGCGUGAACCAUGGUGGACCCAUUGGAACCUGAUGACCAGAGUAAAUUCAGAGGGGCCCAGUUUGAAAGCCCCGCUGCAGCCUCUGAAACACCUUGUCUACCCGAGCCAGGUGAUGAUAGAGAGAAAGAUGUUAGUGUGGAUUCCAGCCCACAGACAGAACCCAGUACUGAACCUGUACUGAGCUCUCAAGAACCAUGCCAGCAGCAAAACAGUCAACAAGAAGAGUUAAAACUACAUCUGGACCUUUACAAUUUUCACACACCAGCUGCAGAAGGCAGUCGGUAUGUACUGACAAGCCCUCGCUCUCUCGAGGCAUGCGCACGAUGUGGAGUGAAACCUGUGGAGCUUCUGCCUCGUCCACUGUCUGAUUUUGCCCGUGAGGCACCAGGCCGGAGUAUGCGUGUCGCCACAGGAAUGUUUGAGAUAUAUGAGCGGGAUAGACAUGCUAAACUCCGACACUGCAGAGAAGAGAGAGAGCGGAUUAUCAGAGAGGAGAAGAGGCGAAUUUUGCAGGCAGCUCUGAACAAUAAUGCUGGUCCACUGGCUUCAGAGAAGUCAGAGGAAACUGUAAAUGCUGGAUUGUCUCAACAAACCAAUCAGAGUUUAACAAAUCCAGCCCCCAAAAUAACACCUACUUUCGGUGCACCCAAAAAACAAUCUACAUCAACAGCACCUAAAAGCACGACAGCAGGGUCAGGACAAGUUUCUACAGUGUCCACAUCCAGCUCUCCUCCCAUCUCAAAAGCCAGUCCAGUGAACUCUGCUCCUACUGCUAAAGGAACUUCUGCAAAAAAAAAGUCCCUUGAAGUAGAAUCUGCGGGAAAAAUUCAAGGUCCAGAACCUUCAAUAAUCCAACGAUCGAUUCAGUCAGCUCCAGGAAGUCAGGGCUCAAAAAAACCUUCCAGUGCUCAUACAAAGGCUCCAAACACUUUCCCCAGAUCAAUACCAAAACCUUCUUCGUUUCCAAGGACACCAACCUCACUUGCCCCGAUAGUGUCAAAAUCUGCCAUCCAAAGCCCUGCCAACGGCAUUACAAGUACGUUUGCACAGCAUAAUGGGCAUAUCAUCUCCAAAUCAAAGGCUAGAUGCAGAAGCCACUCACUGGAGUCUUUGCAACGGAGGCGUGACACGUUUUGUUCCUCUACUGCUUCAACAACGAACACCACAACUACCACAUGUACCUCCUCUGAAUCUGCUUCCUCAUCCUAUAGCUGGGAUGGGGCAAGAGAUCACUGGGCUAAGACAUCAAGCUCUCGUGCCCGCACUUUAGCUACCUUUAACUCCCUGAUGGGUCGUAGUUUGAGCUUGGGAGACCUUAGCCAUUCUCCACAGACUAUGCAACAAGUGGAGCGCAUUGUGAAAGAGGUGAAACGACGAGGACUUAAAGCUGUUCCAGAGCGUGACCGAAAGAUUGCUGCACUAAUGCUAGCCAGGUACCAAGAGGAGGACAUAAUGAGCCAGACACGCUACGUAGCACACCUGCAAUGGGACAGUGAGCGGCGAAUAGAGGAGCUGCGACGGGAACGUGAAGAGCGAGAGAAACAGAGGGCCGUGCAGCAGUGCCAGCGUGCAUGGCAGUCACAGGUUUCUACCCGGCAGCGCUGGCUUAACCAGCAGGAGCGUGAGGCUGCAGAAGCAAAACUUCGCCAAGCAUUGGAAAAUGAGGAGCGUUGGAAAGAAUUGGCCGAGCAACAAGAACGUAGCCGGUCGCAGAAAUUGCAACAGGCCGCUCGUGAGGAAAAACACAAGAAGGCGUUACAAGAGCAGAACCUUAAAUCUCUGGAGGAGGAGCGAGCUGCUAUUCUUGAGCAAGAGAAACUGUUCCUCAAGGAGAAACUGACCAUCGCUGAGCUGAAGCGACAGGAGCGAGAGCACCAAAUUCAAGAGGAGCGUCGUGGACUCAACCGUGCCGAGAAGAGGCGCCAUGCAGCUCUUAUCCAAGAGAUUGCACGUCGUGAAGUGGACGAGCGUGAAGAAGCAUGGAGAAUAGCUGAAGAGAAGCUAAGUAGGUCUUUGGAGAACUAUGAGCAGAUACAAGAAAAACGUGGGCAAGAGUUAAAGGAGAAAGCUAAGCGAGAAGAGAAGCAGAUCCAGAAAGCAAGACGGACCGCCGAGCUACGUGAGCAACAGCAGAAGGAACAGAUGGAGGCAAAGGCUAGGGAAGCCGAAAGACGAGCACAACAAGCCUCACAAGUAGCUGAAGAGCGGGCACGGGAGAAGGCCCAACGUGUGGUGCAAAGCAGGAAGGAAAAAGAACGCCUCCAAAGUCUUAACCGUCAACGCGUAGAAGAGGAGGAGAAACAGCGCCGCCUAGAAUUGUUGCAGUCCAUUGAGCGCAAACUGGAAAAAAGUGAACAGAUUUUCAGAGAAAAACGUGCUGUGUUGGAAAGUGCUCGAUCCGUGGCACGUGCAUCUUUCCACGUGCGGGAUCGUGUUCGUGAAGAGACAAACAUGCGCACCUUUGACAAGAUGGCCUUGGAGGCUCAGUUAAAUGCAAAUUUAGUUGAGAAAUGAGCGCUUCAAGUGUGCAACCUAAUUGCUCUUUCCAUGCACAUCUGUCUAGAAAUAAGCUGUGCUUGAGCCUACAUGCUAGCCUCAUCACCAAACUACAGCAACAAUAUUGAUGGUCAUGCCCUCAAGUGUUGUAUCUAAAGAUUAAUUUAUUCCUGAUGCUGGAUCAUUUUCAUCAUGUCAUCUAAAGAAAUAUUUUUCUGUAUUUAUAUCUUUUAAAUGUUAAUCUAAGAACUUUGUGCUUAUGUGUGGAUGCUCAUAUUUCGGGGCAUGAUUGUUUUUUGUAACUUGGCAGACGUGUUGCUUUGAGAACUGUAUAUAAAGAGUUCAUUGUUUACAAGGACGUUUGGCACUAUGACAACAGUAAUGGCUUCUUUCUAAGGAUGGCUUUAUUUCUAAAAAGAAGAAAAAGAAAAGGGGACGGGCUGCUUCUCCCAGAGUAAAUCUUUUGAGGGAGACUCUUGUUUUAGGAAUCUAGGCCGUAGGAGAGUGAGCCAUGUCUUGACUGUGUGUAAACUAAACUCUAGCUAAAUGCUGACCCAGCAUUACAUCCUAGAGUCAGGACAUGACAAAGAAUGAUCUCAGCACAGUGUAACUGCUGAUGAAGCACAGGAGUCUUUGGUCAGCAACAGACCCAUCAGGGCUCAAAUCCAUACUGACAUCCCCUGCAAUCCUUCAGGUGUGCUAAUUUCUCCCCUCCCCCCAAACUUCAUUUUUGGUAUUCUACUUCUAAUAGGCAUGUUCAGAAUGGAAUACUAGCUUAUUAUUUACUGUGCAGUAUACACUGUAUACUGUCUACUAUUUUUAAAAAUAGUAAGUAGGCAUCAUGUACAGUGUAAUAUACAAUCAUCCAGCCAUUAAUGCAAACACUAUUCAGAAAUAUUUGACCACUGAAUACAACUGAGGGCUACAUUAUUGUAACAUGACAUUACCUCAACACAUGGCAUGUGAGUACAAUUAAGUAUGCUAAAUGUGAUUAAUUAGCAUUUUUUAAAAUUCAGUCUUGGGUUAAAAUGUCAACUUUUGGCAGUCCAAUAAAACAACGACUCAAAUGGAGAAAGUGGAGUUCAUUGCAGUGUGGGAUACAGUGUGCCAAGUAUCCUUUUUUUGUAUACUGCACAUUUUGUUAGCAGGAUAUGCAUACUAUGCACAGGACACAUAUUAGCUAUACUACAGAAAUAGUCGGUGCAGUACUACAGCUUGCCAUUUUGAACAUUGCCUGGAUAUUAAUGUUUAAUGCAUGUCCUUAUCAUCACAUUAAAAUAAUGCUUGUGUGAUGAUAAUGAAAGAACACUGAAGCCAGUAUGGAUGUUCAUAUUACAUAACACUUUAGUAUUUACGUUUUAAUGUGAGUAGGCAUAGGAAUAUAACAUAUACGACACAGGACACUAUUCAUAAAACACCCAUUAUACUAAAAAUGCUAUGUCAUGCUGGUACAUAUCUAGAGGAGAGGAUUGGAGGAGAGCUCACAUCGAUAUCUGUGAGAAAAGCACUGCAGUAGGCAUUUCAACUCCUAUGAGAGCUUA